GGCCUCCCUCUCCCUCGCGUUUGCGUGCGUCGUCAGCUCGGCUCUCCCUUUUUUCUUUCUUUUGCUCCGCGCGCGGGCGGUCGGGGCGGUUGCUGCUAUUCUUCUUCCCACUCCCCACCCCUCCCAACUCCAACAAGCCGAUUCGUCCCGCCUCUCUCUCUCUCUCUCUCUCUCUCUCUCUCUCUUCCUCCUCCUCGCGCUGGUCCACGAGACGCCUGCGCCUGCGCGUAGCGCGACGAGAGAGAGAGGUAGGAGUAGUAGGAGAGGAGGUUCUAGCUUGUUCUUGGAUGGAUGUGACCACUGCUGCUGCGUCGUGCUAUUGCUACUCCAUCUCUGAAGCCUAGGAUCAUAGGCCGGUGCAGCCUUUUUUUCUCUCUUUGCCAGCGUAAGCAGAGCUCUGCUUCGUCAGGGCGGAGAGGGAGGGGGCUCAAGCUCAACAAGGAAUCCAACUUUUCCUCCUCGCCGCCCACGGGAAGGAGAAGUGAGCGCAGAUUUCGCGGAUUCUCCUCCAAGAGACUGAGUAAUGCGCUGUAAGCCUUUAAGGAGUUACAGCAAUGGCGUCGUUGGUACCUGGUGUCCUUGUCAAGCUCCUCCAGCAUAUGAACACCGAUGUUAAAGUCGCAGGCGAGCAUCGGUCAUCCCUUCUGCAGGUUGUCAGCAUUGUUCCGGCACUUGCGGGGAGUGAUCUCUUCACUAACCAAGGGUUCUACCUCAAGGUGUCCGAUUCGUCCCAUGCCACUUAUGUUUCCCUUCCGGAGGAUCAGCAUGAUCUCAUCUUGAGCGACAAGAUUCAGUUAGGGCAGUUCAUCCAUGUAGACCGCCUAGAGGCAGCCACUCCAGUACCCAUCCUACGGGGAGUUCGGCCAGUUCCUGGCCGCCAUGCUUGUGUUGGCAAUCCUGAGGACCUUGUGGUAACUAGCUCCUCAAAUUUUCUAGGCAACAAGAAGGCACAACCAACCAAUGGAUUGAAAACGACAAAUGGAUUGAAGACAACAAAUGGGUUGAAAGAUACCAGCAGCUUGUCACUAGAAAAGGAAAAGGGCAAGUUAGGGAAAAUAAAUGCUUCCCAUAAAACUAUCGGGGCAGAAAAUAAGAAACCGAUGCUCACCAAAUCAAAUUCAUCGCUGUCAAAACAAGCUUUGAAUGGUCUUGGUGAUAAGAAGGAAGCAAUUAAGUCAAAGGCGAAACCUGCUGGCACUAGAUCAACACCUUCAUCUCCAACAAGCGUCUAUUCUCUGCCUGCAUCAUUUGAUAGAUUCUCUAAUGAUCUAAAACAGAGAAACAAAGUAAAAGGAGCUGAGAAAGCGUCGUCUUCUAGGCUUUCCUUGUUAGAAAAGGCAGCUUCCGUUUUGAAGGUUACAACGGCAGGGAGGAAGUCCUCUGCAGGUAUAAGUAGCUCCAUAUUGAGUAUCGGAUCAGGUCCGAAGGCAUUGAGAAGAAGCUGGGAAGGAAAGGUGGAUACAAAAGGGAAAACCAAUUCAGAUUCAAAGAUGACCAAACUUGAAAAAAAGCCUGAGAACAGGGGCACAAUGGCAACGAUUCCUAGACGAAAGCCUCCUGUGGAUGAGAAGGUGCAACAUAAAGAUGAUAGUAAGCUUCAGAACCCUGCUAAGAAGACCACUGCAAAUGCUCCUUCAGAUGACGCCGACAAAGCAAUGAAGAAGCAUCCUCCUACUGUAAAGCGAACAUCUGGGAUAAGCAACCCAAAUGUUACAAAUUUAGUAGAGGUUCCCCCCAACAGCAAAAAACUGACAGAUGCUAGUAAUUCAUGGACAACACUUCCUCCAUCACUCGCCAAAUUAGGAAAGGAGCUCCUGAAAUAUAGGGAGUCAGCACAAAUGGCUGCUGUUGAAGCCAUUCAGGAAGCUUCUGCUGCAGAGAGCUUGCUCAGAUGUUUGAGCUCGUACGCGGAGGUGAGCUCGACGGCGGAGGAGCAGAACCCGCAGCCGGCGGUCGAGCGGUUCCUCGCCCUCCACACCGCGCUGUCCCGCGCCGCGGUGAUCACCGACACCCUCGCGAGGUCGUCCGCCGCAUCGGUAUCCUCGCCGGAUCGCUCGGCGGCCAGCGACGCCGGGACGGUGGUGUCGGUCACCGACGAGGAGACGGCCGCCGUCGCGGCCGAGCGCCGCCGCCGGGCUACGUCCUGGGUGAGCGCCGCGCUUGCCACGGACCUCUCCGCCUUCGGCCUCUACAACCUUAAGCCGGUCCCGGCGACGAUCUCGUCACCGCUGGCCGUGCUCGUCGUUGACGAGUCGGCGAAGCCGGCCGCAUCGGCGGCGGCCAACGCUGUGAAGUCGUCGCCGGCGAAGUCGCGGAUGUCCCCCGCGAAGGGGAAGGCGAGGACGGGGCCAGCGGCUACGGCGGCGGCAACCGCGGCGCCUCCCCCGCUGCCGGAGUGGGAGAAGGGAGUAGGCGCGGAGGAGAGGGUCGAGCUGGCGAGGCGGCUCGGCGACGAGUCGAGGGGCUGGUUCCUCGGGUUCGUGGAGCGCUUCCUCGACGCCGACGUGGCGGCGGCGGCGGCGCCGUGGGACCGCGAGCGCGCGGCCAGGAUGCUCCCGCAGCUGAAGCGAGUCAACGACUGGCUCGGCGAGAUCGGGAAGCGCGGCGAGGCGACUCCCCCGCCGCCGCCUGAAGCGGACGGAGAAGCUGCCGCGGCCACCAUUGCCGCUGCUCCGGCGAACGGUGGCAGUGCCGUACCCGAGGAGACGAUCGAGCGGCUAAGGAAGAAGAUCUACGAGUACCUCCUCACCAACGUCGACUCGGCCGCCGCAGUUCUCGGCGGCGGGGCUUCCGCGCCGGCGCCGGCGGCGCCGGCGAACGCGAAGAAGGGGUGACGCUGAUGUUGACGCGGGCGAUUUGGUGGGCCUAAUUGGGCCGGAAAUAGCGUGUGGGAUUUGAUUGGGCCAGCAAACGGGCUUGGCCACCUAGCUAAUUUAGUUUUUUUGGGGCUUAUACCUCUCUCUAUUUUCCCUUUUUCUUUUGUGGGAUUACUUCUAUUUCUUUUUCUUUUGUUACAGAAGAGGAAAAAGAAAGGUGAUGACGAACUGACCUGUAUUUAUUACUGACGUCGAUUGGGUAACUCUGGAUUGUGAGUUCCACCACUCGAUGGGAUGGAUGUGUUCUCCGAAUUUUAGAGGUUGGAAAGUGGUUUGUGCUUAAAGACUAUCGACUUCUCGUGAAAUUUUGCUGUCCAUUUAAUUA